CUUGUGUGUGUGUGUGUGUGGCAGCUAGUCUACGAGGAUCCAUCCACAGCCAUUCAGGGGCGAUAGAUCAGAGAGCCAGAGACGGGCCAGGAGGGUUUACCAGGCACAGGGGCGUCAAGGUCUUCAAACCCAUCCAGACAGGAGUAGACUGAGAGCUGAGGAGACCAGAUAUGGGCCUGGCUAAUGAACAAGGGAACUCCCUCGAGGAGCCAGAGUCGCGUCACAUGCUCAUCAAAGGGCCGGGGGCCCCUCCCCCCAAGAAGGAGCGACCGGGGCCCCUGGCACUGCGCAGGCAGCACUGCAAGGUGGCCCCCAGAGACGUCUUCACUGACACCAUGUUGGCAGUGGGCGGCUGGACUCAGGACGAGCCGUCGUGUCCGGUGGAACAGUUCUGUCCGGAGUACAACGAGUGGAGGGUGGCGGCACCCAUGGUCAAUCGCCGUGGCAACGCGGCAGUGGGAACCCUGGACGGCAAGGUGUACACAGCCGGAGGACAGGACAGCAUCCGUUGCUACGCCAACGUGGAGAGGUACGACCCACACACGGAUGUCUGGAGUGUAGAAAUAGCCCCACUGAGCAGCCCCCGCACAGGAGUCUGUCUGCUGGAGACGGAUGGAUACCUGUACGCCAUCGGAGGCUGGGACGGCAUCACUGCCAGCAGCGCCGUGGAGAGGUACGACCCGGUGCUGAACUCCUGGAGCAGACAGGCCCCCAUGAGGACCAGGCGCUCCCACUCCGGGGCCGUCCUGCUGGGGGGGCACCUCUACGUCAUGGGGGGCCGUGAUGGAGAUACAGUCCUGAACUCAGUGGAGCGCUACUGCCCUGAGGAGGGGUCCUGGUCCCCCUGCCCCCCCAUGAGGAGUGCCCGGGAGGGGGCGGGCUGCACCGCCUACCUGGGCCAGCUGUACGUGGCGGGGGGCCGGGACGAGCUGCGGCUGGACCUCAGCGCCGUGGAGCGCUACGACCCCGACACCAGGAGGUGGAGCCCCGUGAAGCACAUGACCUGCAAGAGGAACCAGGCGUCGCUGGUGGUCUUCAACGGAGCCCUGCUGGCGGCUGGGGGGUCCGACGGCGUGGUCCACCUGAAGAGCGUGGAGGUGUACAACCCCGAGAGCAACACGUGGAGGCACCAUGGGAGCAUGAGGAGCAAGCACCCCGGGGGGGCACUGGUCGUCCUGUCCUGAGGGCUUGGGGGACCUGAACCCCACCCCCUGGUCCAGAGCUCUGCAGGUCUACAGCGCGCCCUGGGUGGACCCUCGUCUGGCUCCACCGCCCACAUGUGGGGCUGUCGGUGUUGAAAGUUCUUUAGCAGAAGAGGCCGGGUCUUGUCCUAACUAGCUUUGUUGUAUACGGGGAAUGGGUUAACCUAGUGAUUGUUAGUGCUUGGCACUUGGGUCUAUGAACAUCCUUACUGUACCGACAGAGAUAUAUUGUUGUUUCUCUUUCUUCUGACAAAUGUAGUUAUUGUAAGUCGCUUUGUAUAAAAGCGACUUACAAUAACUACAUUUGACUAAAUGCCCUAAUUAUAAAUGUCAAUGCCUGCAAACAAACACAUUUUUUUCCACCAUUUGUUUAUUCAUCUGCAUGUUGUGUAUUGUAUAAAUGUAUUCAUCUCUUGUUGACGUUCUCUAUGUGUGGACAAAGAUCAUAUAAAGAUAUCAUAUCAUUAUAAAUGGUUAUAUAUACAGUACCAAACAAGUGAAGUAGGAUCUGAUGAUGGGAGUAAUAAGUUAAGGCACAAAAAGUAAUAUUUUAUUUUAUUUUAUUUAAAUCUUUGGAAAAAUGAAUGUAUUCAAAGUUUUGGUGAAAAAAGAUGCCAGAAGGGCUGGAGGCCAGGAUUAAGAAAGCAAUGCAGAAGUGUAGUUUAGAGUUGAUGGAAACACGCACACACACGCACGCACACACACACACACACACACACACACACACACACACACACACACACACACACACACACACACACACACACACACACACACACACACACACACACACACACACACACACACACAAACACACACUCACACACGAUAAAACAGACACGAAUAGACUUACACGACCAUGCACACGUUCAAGAAAUUAUGUAUUUGUGUUCACCUUAAGUCUUUCAUGUGAAACCACGUCCGUCAUGAUGACAGCAUCUCGACAUGCAAAACAUUGCAGGCAACGAACGAAUAAUUGACGUGGAGGGGGAAAGCAGUCGGAGGAGGGGGGAGUCGAGACGAGGGACUAAUAAAGGACUGAAAUCAUGGGAAAGCGCAAGUGGCGGUGUGGGCUCUGAAGUGAUGACGCUGAUCCGUGUGCCGUUGGAAGCUGCUGCUGCCGCUGCUGCUGCUGCGAGUGGAAGCCGAGCUGGAGGAAGCGGCUGAAGAUGCUCCAGUGACAUCAGACUCCUCGCUGAACGGACCUGCUGCCGGCGUAGGAGACAGCGUUUUCCCAUCCACCACUAUGAAUAUAUAUUUUAAUUUACGUGGACAGUUUGCAAGGCAAAUAGCAGAAGACAGAGUGACCCAAGGUAUGUAGGAAUGGAAAAACUGACCGGAGGCGAUUGCUUCGUUGCUGUUCUCAGAGGGGGGAUCAAUAUAUUGACUCUCGCCUUUUGACAGGCGUUAUGAUGGAUUGUGAUCAUUUGUUUUUAGAUCAGGUUAUAAAAAAUAAAUGUAACCCUACAGCUGUUUACGAUCUGGAACUAUAAUCGAAUGAUAAUUAAAAAAAUAAUAGUAAUCUGUUGAAGAAAUCAGUCUGGCAGCUGUAAGUCCUUGAUUCCAUGCUGAACUUCCAUUAUGUCGCCUGUAUCUCGUUUGGAUUAACUGAGGAGUCUUUCAUGUGAGGUUCUUGGAGCAGAUAGGUGCUCUUCCAAUG